CUCGCUUCAUUUCUCACUCAGUUCUGAGCUUUGAGAGUUUGUACAGAGUCGCCGACAUGACCGAGACCGCCGCCGCUGAAGUCGCUCCUCCAGCGGCGCCCGCAGCUGCAACCAAGGCUCCCAAGAAGAAGAAGACGACCGCCCGGACCAAGCCAGCCGGUCCCAAACUGGGCGAACAGAUCUACAAGAUUGUGGCGGAUUGCCGCAGUCACCGAGGGGUGUCCAUAGUCGCGAUAAAGAAGGAGUUGGCCGCAAACGGCGUCGAUGUGGAAAAGCUCAAAAAUCAGAUCAAGAUGGUAAUUAAGAGGAAAUUGGAAAGCGGCUCCCUGGUUCACACCAAGGGCGCAGGUGCCUCCGGCUCCUUCAAGGUCGCUAAAAAGGACAGUACCGGGAAAAUCGCAAAAAAAGUUAAGAAACCAGCGGCUAAGAAAUCACAGAUCAAGAAGCCGGCGAUCAAGAAAACUGCGGCCAAGAAAACAGCAAAGAAAUCUCCCGCCAAGAAACAAAGUGUUAAGAAACCGGCCACUAAAAAGACGGCAGCUAAGAAACCAGCGACCAAGAAGUCUGCGAAGAAGCCCAAGAGCCCCAAGAAGACUUCAGCUCCGAAGGCGAAGGCGGCCAAGAAGUCGGCAAAACCCAAACCGAAGGCGAAAUCGGUGAAAGCCAAGGCGGCAGCCAAAAAGUAAAUAAAAACUGCAACUUUAAACACCUGAAACCAAAGGCUCUUCUAAGAGCCACUCACAUCUCCCAGGAAAGAGCUAGAAAAUGGAGGUCUCUCUGCUAUGACACUCUGACGCUGUCCAGCUCAGCGCGCUGUGUAUAAAAUGAGACGGCGGCAGUCGGUUUGGAGCGGGAAGAGAUAAAGAAUUUAAUUAUUUGGUUGUAAUGAAUGUUUUGUAGAUAUAUUGAGCAGAUUUUCAGUUCGGCGAUGGUUCCUGCAGUCCUUUUGAAAUCCUUUUGUUGCUCUUUUCUCCCCCAAACCAUUUAGAACAUGUGGUAAAGUAAAAUCGAUCUAAAUCCUCUGCCUGAAUGUUUCCAGCAAGACUGAAUUCACUCACCUCGAGAAGCUAUUCAGUAAAACUGCAAACAUUCAGAUUCAGCUAUUUGAGGGCAGAAAAUCGGUGAUUUAAUUGAAGGUGGAAUUUGAGAAUUCGUGAUUCUAUUCAAUUUAAGAAACCCGCUUGCUCUUGGAAAUGGCGGGCGAUUUGAAAUUGAACAGGCAUCCAAUCACUGGGGUCAGACUGGCUGAAUCCUGACUCUGUCUGCAGUUUCCAUAUUUGGUCAGAAAUAACACCAUCAUCUCCCCCCACACCGGCCAGCUUCAAACUGGUGAUGGAAAAGCAGCCAAUCGCAAUGCUGAGAUGCUACAAUGGACAUCUCCUUUGUAACCAAUCAAAGAGAGUGGGGCGGCCCUUCAUCUUCUCUUUAAAAAGCCGGUUCCUGCCGCUCCUCCGACAGUCUUAUCCUCGUGUUUGAAGUUGCUUUUGAACUGCUGAGAGAGAA